AUGUCCAAUGAGAGAAACUAUCUACAAGAAGUAACCAAUCAGGGACGAGCACUAUGGAGGUUUUCCGCUUUCUCUGAAAAUCUUGACAGAUCCAACAGAUUGAGAGAAAUCAAGAUGGCUGCUACAGGUUUUAGGUGAAGGGCAAACUCUGGCGGAUUCCCUGUGCAUGAAGCUCUCCUGAGGCUGUGGUGUCAUUGUGCUGCUUCUCCCAGUUUAUCCUGCCACUCAUCAUGUCCUCCACCUCCUCCUCCUACUCCUCCUCGGGAGAGACCAGUCCAGAGGAUGUGCCCCGAGGUGGGGGCACCAUCCGAGUCUACCUCCCCAACAAACAGAGAACAGUGGUAAAUGUUCGCCAAGGACAGACUGUACAUGAGAGUCUUGACAAAGCGCUCAAAGUGAGAGGCUUGAGCCAGGAGUGCUGUGCAGUAUAUCGCCUUCUAGAAGGUCGCAAGAGACUGACAGAAUGGGACACCGACAUCACUCCUCUGGUUGGAGAGGAGCUUCUGGUUGAGGUCCUGGACGAUGUCCCCCUCACCAUGCAUAAUUUUGUGCGGAAAACCUUCUUCAAGCUGGCUUAUUGUGACUUUUGCCACAAGUUUCUUUUUAAUGGCUUCAGAUGUCAGACAUGUGGCUACAAAUUUCACCAGCACUGCAGCAGCAAAGUCCCUACUGUGUGCUUAGAUAUGGAUACCAUGACCAAGCGGUGUGAUCCCAAUCCCUGCCCAGAUGAGUACCCUCAGAUAUCCAUACUAUUGCCAGAUAAUUCCAUAUCGCAGAGUGACAUAGCCUUAACCCCAGAGCCUGCUGGGAUGGGUCUGCUGUCCCCAACUUCGGCCUUCCGCUUCCCUAUGCCUGGUGGAGAAGGCCAGUCUCUACAGAGGCAUCGCUCUACCUCCACUCCCAAUGUUCACAUGGUCAGCACAGUAGGCCCUGCCGGUGCUUGCAUCAUAGAGGAAGCACUAAAAAUCAACAAUACAAUGGGUCCUGAGCCUUCACCAAAGCCCUCCACCAGCCCACCCUCCUCUCUGGGCUCACCAGGGAGGAAACCGCCUAAAUCCCCUUCAGAGCAGAAGGAGCGCAAGCCCUCCUCAUCUGACGACAAAAAGAAAGUGCACCGUGGCGGCUACAGAGAUUCAAGUUACUACUGGGAGGUCCACUCACGGGAAGUCACCAUCCAGAAGAGAAUAGGAACUGGCUCUUUUGGGACAGUCUUCAAGGGCAAGUGGCACGGAGAUGUGGCCAUUAAGAUCCUUAAAGUGACAGAGCCGACACCUGAGCAGUUACAAGCCUUUAAAAAUGAGAUGCAGGUCUUACGGAAGACUCGGCAUGUCAACAUUUUGUUGUUCAUGGGCUACAUGACAAAGCCAAACUUCGCCAUUAUCACGCAGUGGUGUGAAGGCAGCAGCCUGUACCGCCAUCUGCACGUCACUGAGACAAAGUUUGGCACCAUGCGGCGCAUUGAUGUGGCCAGGCAGACGGCCCAGGGCAUGGAUUACCUUCAUGCGAAGAACAUAAUUCAUCGAGAUCUGAAAUCGAAUAAUAUUUUCCUGCAUGAAGGCUGGACUGUUAAGAUUGGUGACUUUGGCCUGGCAACAGUGAAGUCUCGCUGGAGUGGCUCUCAGCAGGUGGAACAGCCAAGUGGAUCCAUUCUGUGGAUGGCUCCUGAAGUGAUCCGAAUGCAGGACAGCAACCCUUACACUUUCCAGUCUGAUGUCUAUGGCUAUGGAGUUGUGCUGUUUGAGCUGAUGUCAGGGACCCUGCCUUACUCCAGUAUCAACAACAGAGACCAGAUAAUCUUCAUGGUUGGACGUGGUUACUUGUCUCCAGACCUCAGUAAGCUGUAUAGUACCUCACCUAAGUCAAUGAAAAGGCUUAUCAUUGACUGCCUAAAAUUCAAACGUGACGAGAGGCCCCUAUUUCCACAGAUCCUGGUAGCCAUUGAGCAGGUUCAGGACCUGUUGCCAAAAAUUGAGCGGAGUGCCUCAGAGCCCUCCCUCCAUCGGGCCGUCCAUGCUGAGGACCUGAACCCCCUCCUGUUCCACACUACCCGGCUGCUGCCCCUCUGAGCUCUGACCUUGGAUGGGCGGAAAAAACCCUGCCCAGAACCACAACAUUCCUUGCUCCCAGGAAGAAUGGCCACUCCUCACCUCCCAACACACACACUCCAUCCAGUAACUGACAAAUACACCAUUAAAAGCAAGUCUUGGUGUGUCAUGUGGUCUAAUAUUGAAUCCAUUUUUUUCACAAAUUCUCUUAAAUUUUGUGAAUCAAGUGUUACUUCAGUCAACACUUGGUAUAGAUAUACACAUUUACAAUUACAUUGUUAGGAUGAUUUUUUUUUGCUAUGUAUACAGUAGGGUUUCAAAAAUACAGGGUUUUCAAGACCAUUAUCAGUGUAGCCAUUGUGCCGAUAUUGAAUAUCUUGAAAAUUUUGUUAAAAUCAUGAGUCUCCAAAAUCCAGCUGAAUUCUAAAAAAGAAAGAAAAAAACAGCACAUACCAUAUUAAUUUCCAUAGUAUAUAUGAAAUCAAACCGCAUAGUAAUCAUCUUCCUAGAAAUGGAUGACACUGCCUUGAUCAGAUUUGAUUUUUAAUUAUAGCUCAAAAUUGACCUAUUACACCCGAGUACACAGUGACAUUCAAACACAUUGAAAUAUUCAGGCGCACUCACCUUAUUGCGCUGACUCCCCCUGGCCCCUUCAGCACAGUAGCCAGCAUCCAUCCCUGUCAGCUAAAAUUCCUGGAUCACUUGGACCACAUCCCAACACAUGCAUGCUAGUCGAAGUCUAAAUGCUUUUAUUCCAUGGAAUCUUUUCACUUCCCUCCCCCAGAAUGUCAUUGUCACCACCUUCAGAAUAGCAGAUCACUGAUGAAAUUACUUUUCACUUCAGAUUAUGUUUCAUUUUAUCUUACUGUCAUUUUACCACAGUGAGAUUUCGACAAAAUAGUGUCAGUCUUAUAAAUGUUUAGUUGUAUUGCUGCUAUACAACGAGAUGUGUGUGUGUGUGUGUGU